AUGUGGGCACUCAGAAAUUCAUUCUCGAUACUGCGACAAAAUCCGCCUUCGAGAAUAGUGCGAUGGCAGAGAUUUUACGUGACAGCGAGCAAAUCCAAGUUAAACGGACACCAACUUAAAGAUCAAGAGAAGUUACAAUCACUGGGUAGAAGCCUAGGUUUUGAUAGGUAUGGUAUCUUGUUUGGGGAUUUCGAAGAGUUUUCCAAGUGUUUGUACCCGAAAAAGCAUAGCGUCGUGAAUUUUCCCGACGGCAAAGCAUACCAGCUGGCGCAUUUGCAGAUAUUGGGAGGUUCACUGCUACGUUUGAGCCUACUACGAAGCUUCCUGGAAGUUUUCAAAAAAAGCACGCAGGACGUGUGUGGGCUUGAUUUCAAUUACGAGGCUAAAAUGAGCCACUUGAGUGCUUCGAAGAGAUCGCCAGACAUGUUACUAAAACACUUCAUAAGAGGGCGUUAUGAUAGAUUGGCUCGCCUUCCGAUGCCUGAGAGCGUUGUGCCGUUGAGGAUCCAACGUGUCUUUGACCAAAGAUCUUUUCAUGCGGUGAUUGGCUACGUCAGCUUGAUUAACGAUGAAAAUGCCGUGAGUAUUUUACUGCGAGACAAUGUAGCUCGACCGGUGAUAAAGGGCGUAUUCGGUCACUAA